AAGGACCGGCAUAGACUCCUUUCUAUCCAGGUCAGUCAACAUUUGCUCAGUUAUAACCAGGUAAUUUAUAACAGAUCAUCAGUACUUGCAUUUGCUAUGCCUUUUCUGCAAAGAGAUUUCCAGGUGACAAUGAAGCUGCUGCAGCUGAUUGUCUUCCACAAAGCCUGGUUGAUGGGGAGCGGCCAGCUCCAUUAUUCUGUGCCAGAGGAAUCCCAGCAUGGCACCUUUGUGGGCCGCAUCACUCAGGAUCUGGGGCUGGAGGUGGGAGAGCUGGUGCCUCGGAUGUUCCGGAUGGUUUCCAAAGACCAUGAGGAUUAUUUGGAGGUAAAUGUGCAAAAUGGGAUCUUGUUUGUUAGUUCCCGGAUAGACAGGGAGGAGCUUUGCAGCAAGAAUCCCGUGUGCACCAUUCACUUGGAAGUGAUCCUGGAUAAGCCCCUGCGGGUUUUUCAUGUGGAAGUGGAGAUCAGGGAUAUAAAUGACAAUGCUCCUGUUUUCUCGGAGGGUGAGGAGGUUUUGAGUGUCGCAGAAUUAACAUUGCCAGGUGCUCAUUUCCCUCUAGAGGGAGCCUCAGAUGCAGAUGUUGGUGCUAACGCUCAACUGAAGUACAAGCUCAACUCCACAGAAUAUUUUGUUGUAGAAGAGAAAAUCAAUAGUAAAUCAUUAGUGCUUGUGUUAAAGAAACCUGUGGACAGAGAAAAAAUCCCUGUGCAUCGUUUAGUGCUAACAGCUACAGAUGGGGGUCAACCAGAACUCACAAGCACAGUCCAUCUUGAGAUCACUGUGAUUGAUGCAAAUGACAAUGCACCUGUAUUUAAUCAAUCUAUUUAUAAGGUGAAACUGUUAGAAAAUGUGGCAGAUGGAACAUUGGUUAUUCAUCUCAAUGCAACAGACUUGGAUGAAGGAAGUAACAAGGAAAUCGCCUACUAUUUCAGUAAGCAUGUUUCUCCCAAUGUAAAAAAGACAUUCAGUAUAGAUUCAGUUACAGGUGAGAUUAGGGUAAAAGGAAAAGUGGAUUACGAAGAUAUCAAUCUGUAUGAUAUUGAAAUUGAGGCGAAAGACAAAGGAACCCCUCCUCUCUCAGGGCACUGCAAUGUCAUCAUAGAAAUAAUGGACGUCAAUGACAACAUCCCGGAAGUAUCAGUGACAUCGCUAUCAGUUCCUGUGUCAGAGAACUCCCCACUGGAGUCAGUGGUGGCCCUGAUCAGUGCCUCAGACAAGGACGCUGGGACCAAUGGACAAGUAAACUGCUCUCUGUGGCCUCCUGGGCUCCCCUUCAAGCUGGUAUCUACUUUCAAGAAUUACUACUCACUGGUGCUAAAUGAACCUUUGGAUCGAGAACAGGUUGCAGAAUACAAACUAGUUGUAACUGCAAGAGACCAAGGGGAUCCAUCCUUGUCAGCCAGCAGCACCCUGGUUGUGCCCAUUGGUGAUGUGAAUGACAACGCACCUGCUUUUGCUCAGACUUCCUACACAGUUUUUGUGAAGGAGAACAACCCACCUGGUGCUCACAUCUUCACAGUGUCUGCCUCAGAUCCAGAUGUGGCUGAGAAUGCUCUGGUCACCUAUUGGAUAGAUGAGAACCUCUGGCCACUGUCAAGCUACAUCUCGGUACACUCAGAAAGUGGGAAUGUCUAUGCUUUGCAGCCCUUGGAUUAUGAGGAACUGAAGCUGCUGGAGUUCAAAGUGAGUGCAAAGGAUGCCGGGUUGCCCUCCUUGCACAGCAAUGUGAUGGUGCAGGUCUUUGUGGUGGAUGAAAAUGAUAACGCCCCAACAGUAUCUGGGCCAGAGAACACUCCCAUCUUGCUGGUCACCCCUUUGGUUGCUGGACAGAUGGUGGGCAAGAUCCGUGCCCUGGAUGCUGACUCAGGCUACAAUGCAUGGCUUCACUAUGAGCUUCAUGAGUCAACUAGCGGUCCUUGGCGGGUGGGCCUAUAUAGUGGGGAGAUCAGCACCACCCGUGUUUUGAAUGAGAUGGAGGGUGACGCUGGCAGCCAGAGUCUGCUGGUACUGGUGAAGGAUCAUGGCAAGCCAAUGCUGUCAACCACAGCCACCCUGAGUGUGUCACUGGUGGUCAGUGCUCAGGCCAUCCACACAGAUGGCUACCAUUCUAGAGCAGGAGGGAGCUCCAAGCCACUCGAAGAGAACAAAAAUGUCUACCUGAUCAUUGCCAUCUGCUCAGUUUCCACAUUGUUUCUGCUGGCAAUCAUUGUGUAUAUGGCUCUGCGAUGCCAGUGUCAACCCAAGGAGCCCGUGAUGUAUGGUCCUGGCACAGCCACACUGGUUUGUGCCAGCGAAGUGGGCAGCUGGUCCUAUUCAAAUCGCCACAGCCAUAUCCUGGCAGCUGCAACUGGGGAGCCUGGCGCCAAGAAUGACCUCAUGGUUUUUACCCCCAACAUCCCUGCCUUUAUGGAGAAUGGAGAGCUUGGGAACGGGAAGGAAAUGGCUCCAACCUCAUCUGGACAGGUAAGUCUCAGGAGAUGGCUUUCCUUCUUUAAUUUUUCUAUAUUGUUUUACUAAGUCAGCAUCUACAUACAAAACAAAUAUCCAGCUUGAGACUUACUGUAGAGAAUGAGUUCACGCAAAAUCAAAAGUACCAGUGUGUGUUCUUGUCUUCCAAUCAUCCAAGAGAGGUACUAUAUUCCAGAAGGAUAACAUGGCCAGUUGUUAAAAAAAUUGCUGAAGGUUC